AUGCAAGCCAGCCCCAUCCACAUUCCAACUGUCAGCAAUGACACCGACUGGAAUUUCUGCUUCCACCUGUCUCAGCAAGCCGAGAUCCCAGCAUACCAGCGAAGAGAAGAAUUGUGUUCCUCUAGUGGGUCUGGAGAGAGUGAAGAAGACACUACAGCCAAGGAGGAGAAGACCAUAGGCUUCAUGUCUCUUCCUAAAGAGAAAUUGGCCCAAUCCCGGAAGAAAAUAGCUCAGCUGAUUAAGAAAAAAAUGAAUACCCAAGCAAACAAGGAGCUGAUUCGCUGUGUCAUCCUUUCUCGGAUUAUUUUUGGGGAAGAACACUGGAAAUGUGCACAGGCUGUGGCCAGCCUGGCUUACGGCUACCUGACACUGAGAGGCCUCCCAGCUCAGGCCAAGAAACAUGCCGAAUCUGCCAAGAACACGCUGCUGACCUGGAAGGGAAGCAGGACCUCAAACAAAGAGAAGAAGGAAAUCCUGGAAGCCCUGGUCAUGCUGUACUACACCCUGGGGGUGGCCUGGCUCCUACAGAACCGUGGCAGAGAGGCUUAUUUCAACCUGCAGAAGGCAGAGAGAAACAUGAAGGAGCUGAAAGAAUUAUUUAAGGGAGGUGUUCGCAAAUCCCAAGUCUCGGAGAAAGACCUGACCAUUGCUUUGGGCAGGGCCUCCUUGGCUAUCCACAGAUUGAACCUUGCUCUGGCAUACUUUGAAAAGGCAAUUGGCGAUGUUAUUGCUGCUAAGGGUGAUAGGACUUUGGAUCUGGUCAGUCUAUAUGAGGAAAUUGCUCAGAUUGAGCAGCUGAGAAGGAACCAUGAUCGGGCCAUCCAGUACUUGCAUCAGAUGCCGUUGAGAUAUAUUUUAUAAAAAGUAUCAAUGCGUAUCAAGCAACAUUGGGCCCAACGGAUUAUGAAACACUGACAACCAUUGAAGAAUUCUGCAAAUGGCUUGUCCAAAACGGGGAAAAACAGG